GGCGGCCAUCUUGGAGGUGUCAGUGCGAGGCUGAGAGAGCGAACGGAGGGGUAAAGUGACGUGCAGAGCUGACGAGUGACCGAUGAGUGGGUGUGAGGGAGGGAGUGGAGGCAGCACCGGGCACCCCGGCUAAUGUGAGAGCGUUCUGUACAGGGUAAUGUUCCAGUCCAGACAUGCCUUAUGUGGAUCGUCAGAAUCGCAUUUGUGGCUUCCUGGACAUCGAGGAGCAUGAAAGCAGUGGCAAGUUUCUGCGGAGAUAUUUUAUCCUGGACACCAGCCUGAAUAGCCUGCUUUGGUACAUGGACAAUCCACAGAACCUUCCUGCAGGGUCCCCUUCUGUAGGGUGUCUUAAGCUCACAUAUAUUUCCAAGGUGAGCGAUGCCACCAAGCUCAGACCAAAGGCUGAAUUUUGUUUUGUAAUGAAUGCUGGCAUGAGAAAAUACUUCCUGCAAGCCAAUGAUCAGCAAGAUUUAGUAGAAUGGGUUAAUGUCCUUAAUAAAGCAACCAAAAUUACAGUACCAAAAUCUUGUGACCAACCAUGCCCUGCAGACAGCACGCAGAACCAGCUUGAAUAUACUGGCAGUAAAAAACAGAUCUCUUACAAGACUGAAAUAGUGGGUGGUGUUCCCAUUAUCACCCCCACACAGCAAGAACUCAGUGAAUGUGCCAACACUGGUGACAAAGGCAACCUAAAACGCAGCCAAAGCCAGCUCCCAUCUCCCCCUUAUCGGUUAUCGGAGGGCGGCGUGAUAAAAGCCGGAUACUGUGUUAAACAGGGGGCUGUGAUGAAGAACUGGAAAAGAAGAUUCUUUCUCCUAGAUGAGAAUACAAUAGGAUACUUCAAAUCUGAAUCGGACCGGGAGCCACUGCGAGUGAUACAACUGAGAGAGGUGCAGAAAGUACAGGAGUGCAAGCAGGGUGACAUCAUGAUGAGGGACAAUUUGUUUGAAAUUGUAACAAGCUCACGUACAUUUUUUGUACAGGCUGACAGUCCAGAAGAAAUGCACAGCUGGAUCCGAGCCGUAUCUGGUGCUAUUGUGGCACAGCGUGGGCCAGCCAGAUCAGCAGCUUCUGAGGCCCCCCCCUCAUAUUCCGAGCACAGCUCCUCUUUUCGCUCCUUCAGUCACCCUCACUCGGCCGCCCGACUUCAGCACUCUGACCCCGGGCCACCAUAUCGGGAUAGGGAUGAAUCUAGCACCUUUACCAAGGCCCAACCAGGAUAUCCCAAGAUCACGACUGUCUCUCCAGGAAACCAGACUAGCAAAAUGAUCCCUUUUUUGUCCAAUACCCCAUCCAUUGUUCUGCCAGAUAUGGGUGUUGAUAUAGACGAUGCCAGCCUGCCAGUAACUGAUGUCUGAGGUCAUUGUUGGACUGUAUCUGGACUAGCUAUGAUUUCAUCCCUAGUUUCCAACUGUGUGUGUAUAACAUGCAUCUACUCUCCUGCUAUGCACUCUUGGACCAGUAGCAAGAGAUUCACCGCAUCAGUUGGACUAUGCACCUUGGUGACUAGCAUAACAUAAACACAUUCCUAAGUUGGGAAGUUUGUUCCCCUCCUACAGCCAACAUGGGGAAAGUGUGACCAUUGUUUUCUAAUACCUUAUUAAGGAACUGUUUGAUUCUGUUCAUACGAGUGUGCCAUGUUCGGUGUGGAGUGCCUUGUUGCCCUUAUAGAAAUUGUAUUUGCUCAGCUGUGCAAGCUGUAGCUCUGGCCUAUAUAAUAGUGUUGCACAACUGGUGCAGAUGCCUGAGCAAGACACGUCAUUUUGUGUUUUAACUGGUAGUACUAAAACAGUAUUUUAAUUUUAACAAGUGGUCCAAUACUGCAAAGCAAUAAAGCCCUCACAAGAUUUCUGGACCACUGUAGGUGAAUUCUUGCCACCAUUUCGGGACUCCUAAUGUAAUUUGCUGCCAGUGCCACUAAUAGGGGAAAGUGCUGUUUUCCAGAAAUGGGAAUGGAGUUUACGUUUUUUUUUUAUGUAUUGCCUACUUGAUGUCAGUUUUUUUUAUAGAGUGUGAUCCCACUUUAGGCUUUAUACACACUGGUUGCAAUAAGUGUGGGUGUAUUUUUCUGACAUUGCUUAGUCCUGACCAAAUUGCCCUUGAAUAAACUUCAGAUUUCAUUAGUUUUUCACUAUAUAGUUAAAGUGGAAGGAAGGGCAGUACAGUGAUCCAUCUGUUAAACCUUGUCCUCCCUCUCCUAUUCUAAUUUCUGCAUUCUGUUCGUAUAAUUUUUCCCAAGCAGUCAAUUGACCGCGACUCUUCAGUUCGAUGGAGUGGCUGGUGGGCAUGAACUCUUUCAAGCCCUGUAGUGCCUUAGAGCUGAGGUUGCUGGUGGAAUGACAUUGCAGCUCUAUGAUUUUAGCACCUUUGUCGGCUUUGCUAGAACAGAUGCAAGCUGGAGGUUUGCGGUCAUGUAACCACUUGGAAAAAGUAGGAAAAAAGUGUAUUGCAUUGAGAUUUAUCACUAAGUGAAUGCAAGAAGUAGAAAAGCCGUAAGCAGGCAACAUUUAAAAGGUGAGUGCACUGUAUUGCCUUUCCUUCUACUUUCAAAGCAAUCUACGUUAAAAGAAUAUUAAGAUUCCUAUUCCUAAUCUCUCCUCCUGAAAAUGCUAUUUGCUUGGCUGUGGAUUGUGAUUGAGCAGCUUCAGUACUUUGAGACACUGACUAAGAACGGGUAUGCAUUCAUUCUUCCCUAUUUACUUAGUAAUUAAUAUGCUUGUUCCAGGUCAAUGAGUCAGAAAGUACUGAAGGUCCUGAAUGGUCAACAAGUAUUUGUGGAAGGAGGCAAGCAGUGGAAGCUCCUUUAUUUAAGUUUUUGGUAUUCCUUGACAUAUGGUAAUAAAAAGGAAAAACAAUUGUUUCAUACAAUAACCAUUUAGAUAUUACUUUUUUGUUUUACCUUACUGCACUGAACUAUGGCAAUUGGGAUCUGGUAACUAUCCUUCCCUAAGCUAAUAUAUACUGAUCUCUGUGGUCAUAUAAAAGACAAUUGUCACAUAUGUUUAUAUAGGCUGCAACACUUUUGGCACUAACUCUUUGUAGAUCGUUGUAAUUGAACAAUAAAGGCCUUGUACAUAUGGUUGUAUGAUAGCAGUGUGUUUAAUUUUUUACAAAGCGUUUUCAUAGCUUUCAGCCAGAUUGAAGUAGCUUUGUUGAAAUCUUUGAAGAGCCCUUUAGCUCCAGUUUGGCAUUAAACCGCAUCCAUGAUAUCCCCAGGUGGCUCUAGGGCAGCCUGUGCACAACCUAUAUAAGUGCAGCGCUCUAGGAUGCCAUCAAAUACACUCACUGCAACCAAUGUGUAUGGGGCCUUGCUCUCACUGUGCCUGUUGUAAAGCUCUUGGUUUAUCAUUGAAUUCCCCAGAAAGAGCAUCUGGCCUCCGCAGUGUUUUGUCUCAAGUGCCUGCUGACACGCUCAUUGGACCUCUUGUGCCGUAAGACUGUUGUCUUGUGAACUGCUGAUACUAACAGGUCUGCUGUAAACUUGUGCUUCCGUUCAUGACUGUUCCUAAGAUGACAAAAUCCAAAGUGUUUUUUCCUUCUUUGUAUUUUUUUAUUAUUAUAUUUGUGGGUGAUGGGUUCUAAUUUAUAAAGAAAAACGUCAUUAUGUAUAAAGUGCACCUGUUCGAAAAAAGACCCUUGUAUAUCACUUGAAAUAAAACUUGUUUUCAUUAUUA